AGAGUUACAGUAUAGUGGUCCCACCCUCCCAACCGAACAUAGGUUCGGUUUCAGUUCACCCCUCAUUCGUCGCUCUCUAUUCUCAUACGGAAAGUGUGCUCGCCAUGGCUUCGCGUCAAGCGGGCCGACACCAUGCCAUGCAACAGCCGACCUUCGUGCCAUAUCUCAUGCAAGCUAGCAUUUUCGAGAUUCUAUGGCGAGAGCUAUCGUAUAGAUUCAAUAGUGGUCCAGCCUCAACCUGCUGGUGGUCCCUGCGUCCUGGAAGCUCAGUGACUUAGCGCUCGCGGCUGCUUUUUAACAUGCAAGAGCAGCCUCCUAACGAAAUGUAUAGCAGCGCGACAUCAUGAACGCGCGGUGACUUAGCGCUCACGGCUGCUAGCAGGUGACAUCAUGCAGGAGCAGCCUCCUCACGAAAUGUAUAGCAGCGCGACACCAGUCGAAGAGUUACCCACGUUCACGUGAAUACCUUGCUCCCAUGCGUGAAAGGGUUCGCUUUCUCUAUCUGCGCAUCGAGCAAGAGUCGCGCAUCGAUGAAUGCGGCUCGCUUGAAAUCUCAAUGGCGAUUCGGGUUGCCGCGCUUCGAAUGUGGAAGACCCAGCACCCUACACGGAGCCUUCUUUUGCCUUGAAAAACCCGUUGUUCUGAAGAUAUCUCGCACUUCACCAGGAGGCAGCCAGGCCCUGCUCUCGCACACCUUGGAGACCCACUUUCGAGCAUUCUCGUCAGCGGCAUUCGUUCUACCUUACUCGCAGCCGAUCAUCGAACCCUGUGAUUACGCCAUGACUAAGGGCGGCGGUGGCGGAGGCGAAGGCGGACACGGCGGCGGUAGCCACGGCGGCGGAGGAAGCCAUGGCUGAGGCGGACACGCCGGCGGUGGCGGGCACGCCGGUGGAGGCAGACACUCUGGCGGGGGCGGACACGCCGGCGGGGGCGGGCACGCUGGCGGGGGCGGGCAUACUGGCGGGGGCGCACAUGCUACAGGUGGCGGACACGCCGGGGGCGCUCACGGCGGCGGUGGACACGCUGGGGGUGGUGCUCACGGUGGCGGCGGCAGUCAUGGCGGAAGGAUCUCAGGGAAAACCGCUUCAGGGAUUCAGAGCACGGCCGCCCGCAUGGGGGGAGGCGGGGUUGCCAAGGGAUCCGGCGCUGCUGCGGCACAGCGAGCUGCGGCUGCCCCGUCCAAGGUAACCGGGAGCGAUGCUGCAGCACUGCAGGGCUUCAUUGCGAAGACAUCUGGGGGAGUGGCGAAGGGAUCCCCUGCGGCACAGGUUCAGAGCAUGGCCGCGCAUAACCAGGGGAACUAGGUCGUAGCAGGGCUGGGUUUUUGGCUGGAAUUCUUUUUGCACGAAGUGCCUUAGACCUUGUGGUCAGGUAGUUGUCUUGUGCAUGUCAUGCUAGUUCUUCUACAGUGGACCUGAUGGCUCGCGUCAUGUGUUCAGCCAACAAAAGAGACCACACUUGCUCGUAGUACAUAUUGUUUUAGACAAACGCAAACUCCGCUAAGCAUCUUGUAGUGCAUUAAGCGAAAAAAUGGCCCAUCGUUUA